AUGGCAGCAGCAGGGGUCCGUGACUGCCAGUGCCCGGGGGCCCAUGGCCCCAGCACAGGGUGCUCCCAGCAUCAGUGCCCGCUGCUGGCAAGCAGCCGGGCCGGUUCUCAGCGCACCUGGCCGCCGCCUCCCUGCCCAGCGCCAGCCCGGAUCCCUGCUGGGUCUGUGCCCCCCCCCCCGCACGCCCCGGAUCCCUGCUGGGUCUGUGCCCCCCCCCCCCCGCGCCCCGGAUCCCUGCUGGGUCUGUGCCCCCCCCCCGCCCCGGACCCUCGGGACCUGCCCCCCGCCAUGGCCGCGGGGGGGCUGGGCCGGUGCCGCCUGGCGCUGGGCCUGGCGCUGCUGCUGGACGGGGCGGGCAUGGGGGCGCUGCUGACGGGCAUCUUCGCCCGGCUGCGGGUGCGGGGCCAGGACUUCGGGGACCUGCUGAUCUACUCGGGCGCGGUGCUGGUCUUCCUGAGCCUGCUGGGCUGGGUGCUCUGGUACACGGGCAACCUGGAGCUGGCGCCCGACGAGCUGGGGCGCGACUACGGGGCCAAGGGGGGCACCCUGGCCCGCCUCGCCCGCAAGAUCUCCCGCCGCUGGUCCCGGCGCCAGCCCGGCCCGCUGGCCCUGGGCCCCGUCCGGGGCAGCCAGGGGCCCCCGCCCCGGGAGACGGUCUAGAGAUGCCUUUUGGGACAGAGCCCUGGCGGGGGCGAGUCGCACGGGGGAAUCUGUCUGGGACCAGCCCCCCCCCACCUCGCUGAUUCAGAGAGCACCCGCGGGGCUGCGCGACAGACAGACUGAUCCAGCCCCGGGACAGAGACGCGGCCCCUCUGGGGUGGAGCGCAGGGGCUGGGUAUCCGGGGACCCCUCGCCCGGCGCUGGGACGGCAGAGCUUGGAGGCUGGGUGCUGGCUCCCCUGACCCAGAGAAGGGGCGUCUGUCUGUCUGUCUGUCUGUCUGUCGCAGGGAAGUGCCAUUUGUAUUUAAAAC